UGCAUCCCUACCAAAGUCUUACAUGCUGGUGGGUAAGACUACUUUGGUGAUGAAAGAUGUCAUAACCAUGUUGUUGGAGAAUGAUAAGUUUCUUAGGGAGGAUGAUGGUGCCAAUCAAAAUAAUGCUUUGGUGAUGGAACAAUCUCAGGGAAGAUACAAUGGAUGUGGAGGUGGAGGAAAUGAAGAAAGGUCAAAAUCUAGACCUAAGAAGGAUUAUGGUGAAGUGCAGUGUUUCUAUUGUAUGUUAGCUUGUGAAGAGUGUGAUCCUGAGGUGGAGCAAAACAAUCAAAGGUGGAUUUUGGACUCUACUGCAACUGUGCAUCUGUGCAAUAAUCCUUCUAGAAUUCUGAGUUUGGUUUGGAGGAAGCUUGGCAAAAUAAAGUAUGUCGGAAAGCAAGAAUGGCACAAGGUUUACAAAGGUGGAAGACUUGUCUUGCAUGGGAGGAAGAACAAGCACGACAACUAUGUGCUUGAGCAAGAUCCCAAGAAAGGGCUUAACAAGACCAUGAGGAAGAUGGUGUGGAAGCCUAAAGGGAUCUUGGUAGAUGGCAAAGAAAUUAAUAAGACCAAGAAGAAGGCAAGCUUAAACAAUGAAGUGGUAUUUGAUGAUGGUUCGAGGAGGAGGAAACUCUCAAAAAAACAAGAUGCCAUGAUGAAGUGUUCUCGAGCAAGGGGAGCUGAAUUAUGGUAAUGUUGAUGUGUGUGGAGUUAUGGUUGGUUUCUCCUCCCAUGGGGUUGGAGGGGGAGAUUGUUGGUAGAAAGUCCAACCCCAUGUGAACACAUGGACUUUCCAUGUGGUGAAAUUUCUUCACCAACCUAGCUAGUUGUGGGCUAGCAUUUGCUUUGUUGAAAUCAUGCAAGAUUGCAUGUUGACUCAUUUAAUAAACAAAGAAAAUCAUG